CGCAUCAAUCUGCUUCGGGUGAGUGAUUUCACAGCGACUUCUGGUGAGAGAGCGACACAGAAGAACAAGAACGGGAGGCUCAGGGAGCCCUAAAUUUGCCGUGAACAAAGGCAAAGGCGAAGGAUGUAUAUUCCAACUACAUCCAAGAACCGCGUUAUUACAAGCUCGCAACGAUGUCGACUACCGCCUCUGCGCCCCCGGAAUUCGCUGCGUUUUCCAGACUUCCAGUCGAGCUGCGCCGGAAGAUAUGGCGUCUCUGCCUACCGCACCGCGUUGAUGAAAGAGAUCGUCCUGCCGCUGACUGCAUUUACGCUCGAGGGGAGGCGCCUUGUGCUCUUGUGACGUCGACAUAUUUCAAUCAGCGUCCGCCACUCAUCACUCGCGUCUGCUUCGAGUCGCGCGAGGUGGCGUUUGAGGAAGGAUCCUUCGACAUUGACGAUUGCGAUCCUGACAUCCCCAAAGAUUUGGAGUGGGAGGCUCGUAAUUCGAUCAUCACCGAGGAGGCAUGGACCGAUGCUCAUCGCACGCCUUUUGUGCAUCUGAACUGGGAAGCUGGCUAUGAGGCUUUUUACGAGGGGCGCGACAAUCGAAGCGAACAGCCUCUGCGGAACUUGGAACAUUUCGUAGGCCGAUAUGGCAAUUGUGGAUCGGUGAUGGCAGACUACCUCGUCCCCCUGGGUCACGAUAUGGUAUCUCUGCUGAACCGAAGGUCGAAAUGGAUGGUCGUCGUCGACACCGUGGUGACACAUGCCUCAGCGAGGACCGCGGCGUCCUUGGGACUAUACGGCUUACUUGGAGAUGCUCCCGUGCAGAUCUUUGGGUUGACCGAACAUGAGAGAAUCGAUGCUUACUACACGUUGGCUGAGCAAUGCGAGUACGACGCCACAACAAACCCAUCUCGGCAGAGUGUUCGACGGUCCGGCGAAAAGCUGGAGCAAGGACUUAAACGACUGGUCACCUCAGGGGAGCUCACGGCGCGCUUGUGCCCGGCCGUCAUAUUUCGACUAUGCCCAUUCAUGUGCAAUCAACCGAUCCGGACACUCCCUGGCAGAUGGACCGACAAAAUGGAUUGAUGGAUGCGUUGACCGCACGGUCAUAGAGCCUCGACCUCCUGGAUUCAGACUUCAACCGACACUCAUCAAAUUUGGUUUCCAAUUCGGAAGCACGAAUAGAGGGAUGUCAUACACCACGGCGCAGACAAGACCGCGAAGGUCACAACUUGCAAGAUACUGUCCCCCUAGGACGAGGAUUUGAUGUCACAGGUGAUCGGCACACGCGUAGAAAAAGCGACAGGCAAGCGCGGCAUCCCGUGUGUCUUCAUCAUAGACGUGAAAAGCACGAGAUGAGUGCGACACUCAUGCAUGACCUACAAGAAAUACACUCCACAGAUCACCCCCGGCCAUUCCGCCACCAAAGGUGAUGGGUGAUAUAUAGUGGGCGAGCGAGGAUAGUCGAAAAGGA